AAAUAGAUGCCCCGCCCCCCAUUGCUAUUCCUAAGGUGACCUCAUAGAGGAUACGCCCAGACUCCCCGGAAUUGGGAAGGUCCCAAUGGCGACCACCGUCUUCAUCUCCACUGCCACACUCCGCCGCCUUGUCACGCACGACUCCCUUAUCCGCCAUCUCCAGCCCACCCUUCCCGCCGAUAUCAGAUCCCCACCCCGCACCUCUCACGACACGAGCUCUUCAUCCUCCCUCCUCCUCAUGCCCUCCUGGUCCCACUCCCCCUCCCUCCCCUACGUCGGCGUUAAGCUAGUCACCUACCAUCCCAACAACUCCGCCCUUAGCUUACCAGGAAUCCACGCCACUUACGCGCUCUUCAGCUCCCUCACCGGCCAAACCCUAGCCACCAUGGAUGCCACCGAGCUAACCCUCUACCGCACUUCCUGUAUCUCCGCUCUGGCUUCAAAAUACUUAUCCAGGGAAAAUUCCGAGACGCUCGCGAUGAUCGGCGCUGGCGCUCUAGCCCCGCAUCUGAUCAGGGCACAUUUGACCGUACGGCCGGGAUUGAAGAGGGUGAUAAUCUGGAACAGAACCUCUGAAAGGGCGGAAUCUCUUGUUGAGAAAUUGAGAAGCGAAAUCGGAUUCGAAGGGGUGAUUCUCGAGAGCCGUGGAUGUUUGGAGGAGGUGGUGGAGUUGGGGGAUAUAGUGAGCUGCGCAACAAACUCAGAGACGCCAUUGGUGAAGGGGAAGGAGCUGAAGGCGGGGUCGCAUUUAGACAUGGUGGGGUCCUUCAAGCCGUCAAUGAAGGAGUGCGAUGAUGAGGCCAUUCGGAGGGGAAGAGUGUUCAUUGAUAACGAGGCGGCGGUGGAAGAGUCCGGGGAGAUCGUCGGGGCGUUGGAGAGGGGUGUAAUAACCAGGGAGGGCAUACUUGGGAAUUUGGUGGAGCUGAUCAAGGGGGAAAAGAGUGGGAGAAGGGAUGAGGAUGAAAUUACUGUGUUCAAAUCUGUUGGUUCUGGUGCUGUUGAUCUUCUUUCUGCUCAGUAUGUCUAUGAGACUUUCAUCAGUAGCCAUAUUCAGUAAUAUUUGUUGCAAACAUGUUGUUUGUGUGGUGUUUGGAACUGAUUCUGUUUCUGCUUCAGAAACUGGUACUCCCAACUUCUAAAAGAACUGAUUCUAGGAGUAAAUUAGAGCACCAUAAUCACUUCUGCAUUUUCACCCAAACACUCUAACUUCUGUUUCUGCUCCCUGAAGGAGCAAAAGCAGUUUUAAGAAUCAGAUUCAAACACUCCCAAACACUCCCUGAAUCUACUAUGGGAAACUUCCUGUUAUGGGAAACUUCCUGUUGUUUAAUAGGGAGUCCUGCCCUCCCUCUCUAAACUCCUUUUUUGGUAGAAGGUAAGUACAUCAAACUUGAGUAAAAAUAAACUUUUGUAUAGUACCUUCAUAAGCAACUGGAUAAGCUAAGAUUUCAAAUACCAAGUAUACUAAUAGGAUAAAUUCUGAAAAGCAGCUAAUAAAUGAGUAGUUUGAUCAGAAAGAUUACUCCCCGAUCUGAAAAUGAUCUCAGUUCUAACUUUUCCUAUUGAAUAUGCUGUACAACACACAGCCAUUAAGACAACUUUGUUUCUUAAUCUUGUUAGUUGUUACCCUAUAUUACUUCAUACACAAUUAGUUUUAAUUCGCUUAUACGAUAGUAUAAUUUUUCAAUUAUAUAUCCCCGAUUCACUCCCAACUCCUUUUCACUAAAUAACUCUCACUCAAGAACUCAACUCUUAUCCUGUGACAAUUAUGCCACCUAUAGACUACGCCUUCCUUUCUAUAGGUCAAGUUACCCCUACCCAGGAGUCACUUCACUCCCUUUCAGUAGUUGAAGAAGUAAGUCUUUAUAUUUCAUUUUCAGAGUUCAAAGAAGCCGGAGUAGUCUAUUUAAACAACAAUUCAUUUAUAGUAGUCAAUUACUGCCGUAAAUGAAAUAGCUGAUUAUUAGAAUCUUCCGCUAAAGUCUGAGCAGCAGUGUUAGGGAUGGACUAAACCGGGCCGGCCUGGCCCGAAACCGGCCUGGCCCGCUACUGUGCAGGACCGGACCGGGAUCGGUUGGCCGGUUCCGGGCUUUUAGCCCGUUUGGGUGGGUCGGGCGGGUCGGGCUCGGGCCCAGUUUUGGGCAAACCGGGCCGGGCCCGGGUCAAUUUUUUUUUGUUUUUUCAAAUUUUUUUCUUUUCCUAGGGUAGGGCUGGG